CCCUGGGGCCCGACAGAGCCAAGUUGGGAGCAGCUGUGGGCGCGGGGCCUCCAAGAUGAGGCCGGCGCUCACCCUGUGCCUCCUCUGGCAGGCGUUCUGGCCCCGACCCGGCCGGGGCGAGCACCCCACCGCCGAUCGCGCGGGCUGCUCUGCCUCGGGGGCCUGCUACAGCCUGCACCACGCGAGCAUCAAGCGGCCGGCGGCCGAGGAGGCCUGCAACCUGCGCGGCGGGGCGCUCAGCACGGUGCGCGGGGGCGCUGAGCUCCGCGAGGUGUUCGCUCUCCUGCGCGCAGGCCCGGGGCCCGGAGGGGGCUCCAAAGACCUUCUAUUUUGGGUGGCGCUGGAGCGGAGGCAAUCCGAGUGCACCCAGGAGAGCGAGCCGUUGCGGGGUUUCUCCUGGGUGACCCCCGACGUCGAUGUCGAUGUCGACGUCGACGGGUUGGAAAACGAGACGCUGCCGUGGGUGCAGGAGCCCCAGCGCUCGUGCGUGGUGCGGAACUGCGCGGCGCUCCAGGCCGCCGAGGGCGUGGAGCCCGCGGGCUGGAAGGAGAUGCGCUGCCACUGGCGCGCCCACGGCUACCUGUGCAAGUACCGGUUCGAGGGCUUGUGCCCCGCGCCGCGCCCCGGGGCCGCCUCCGACUUGAGCUACCGCGCGCCCUUCCAGCUGCACAGCGCGGCGCUGGACUUCAGUCCCCCCGGGACCGAGGUGAGUGCGCGCUGCCCCGGGCGGCCACCCACCACGGCCACCUGCAUCGCGGACGGGGUCGGCGCUCGCUGGGACGGGAUACCCUCCGGGGCUGUGCUCUGUCCCUGCCCCGGGAGGUACCUCCGCGCAGGCAAAUGCGCAGAGCUCUCUCACUGCCUAGACGACUCGGACGGCUUUGUCUGCGAGUGUGCUGCGGGCUUCGUGCUGGGGAAAGACGGACGCUCUUGUGUAACCUACGGAGAAGGACAGCCGGACCCGGGGGGGACCGUGGUGCCCACCAGGCACCCGCUGGCCACUGCAGCCAGCCCCAUGCCGAGGAGAACAGGGUCACCCAGGGUCCCUGAAAAACCAGGAGAGACGCCCCGGGUCCCUGGACAAGGCAGUUCAGCCACACACAUUUCUGAGGUUCCUGGGUGGGGACCAAAGAGCACGAUGCCCACCCUUCAGAUGUCCCCUCAAGCCAACUCAAAGGCCACCAUCGCUCCUUCAGGAAGCGUGAUCCCCACGUCUAACUCCACGUCUUCCCCGGACAAUCCCCAGGCUUUGGACUCCUCCUCCACCGUGGUCUUCAUACUUGUGAGCAUAGCAGUAGUAGUGUUGGUGAUCUUGACCAUGACCGUGCUGGGGCUUUUCAAACUCUGCUUUCACAAAAGCCCUUCCUCUCGGCCAGGAAAGGGGCCUUUGGCCGCUCCUGGGGCGGAGAGUGGUGCGCAGGCUACUGCUCUGAGCUCCAAUUCGGCACACUGCGCCACGGGGUGAAGUCCAGGCUGCGGGACCGAGCGGAUGGCGCCUCACUGAUUGGGUCCUCUUUCGACUCCGAAGUCUCCUAGUGAAAGCGGACAGUGAGCACUUUUUCACUCUCAGUGGAAAGGGGAACGGAGAAGAGGGGCUUAUCUACGGAACUGACGGUUUCUGCAGAAGUUCCCUUCCCCGAAACUCCCUGGACUCCACGCAGGAGCUACAUCUGAACUGGGUGCUCCUCUUCCAAUAAGGAAGAGGUGGGAGUGCCUUAGGUGGUACUGAGCCCAGGAUGCUACCGGGGAGAGGGCUUUUCUUGUGGAUUUGAAGAAGUGAUUGAACUUUUUAAGAUAGUGACGUUUGGCUCAGUGGAUAGAGUGUCAGCCUGCGGACUCAAAAAGGUUCAAUUCCGGUCAAGGGCAGGUACCUUGGUUGCAGGCACAUACCCAGUGGGGAGUGUGCAGGAGGUGGCUGGUCGAUGGUUCUCUCUCAUCGAUGUUUCUAACUCUCUGUUCCUCUCCCUUCCUCUCUGUAAAAAAAUCAAUAAAAUGUAUUAAAAAAUAUAUUGAAAGCAUAUAGAAAACAAUACAAUAUUUUACAUUUUAUUUUUUACCACGAUGGAAAGAAAAACUCUGUUCAGACAUAUUGAUUUUAAAAUCCCAGGCAAUAAAAUAAAAUAAAGGCUUGUUGGUAACCCAGACUCACAUGUCAGUGGUUUCCUGGAGGAGUAAUUAUUUAGGAAGAGCUGCUGAGGAGCAUGCUGGACAGGGCAGCAAGAGUACAUCCUGUUUUUAGGUUGAGGGGGGAAAUUUUAAGAACUAGUAACUUUUUCCUUGUUUUCUUUUUUUUAAAAUAUAUUUUGCUUUCAAAGUUACUGCUAUGUGUGUGCUCUGCUAUAAAUCUAAACUGCAGUGUUGCCAAAUUUGCUGGCUCUAGAAGCAAAUUAUAGUUGACCGCAAAUUCAAGUGUUUACUCUGUGUCCUCGCUCAAGGAAACAAAUGAUUUGUUUUGCUUUUCCAAUGCGUGUGCUCUCCAGUGUAAUGACCUUCCCACCCAAAUAGCCCUCUCCUGAAUAUCAGGGUGCUGAUGCUCACUUCCAAUUAUAGCAAUGUUAAUUUUCAGUUAAAGCAUUAAUGCUAAGUAUUGAUUUGAAAUCUUCUGGGUGCAUUAAAGCAAAAGUAAGCUGGAUUUCCUCAUAGUUGCUGGUUCUUGUGCACUGUUUAACCCGUGGAAAAACAUGAAAUUCAGACCAUUUCCUUCCCCACUUAAUAAAAGCAUGUGUA